UACAAUCGGGCACCGUUACGUAGAAAAUUGUAGUAGUGUUUCAAAACAUUGCGGCAGACAUAUUUAUUGUUGUGUCAAAAAAGAAAAUAAAUAUUUUACUUUAAAAUAUAGAGAAAAAAAAUAAUAAAAUAGCAAUGGAUUCCGGUCUCAGGGAACAGGUGAUGAUCAACCAAUUCGUUUUAGCGGCGGGUUGUGCCAGGGAACAGGCGAAACAGAUCCUACAGUCGGCCCAUUGGCAAUUCGAGACUGCUCUUAGUAUAUUUUUCCAAGAUGCAGCUUUACCACAUGGAGCGAAUGCACACUUUGGUCAAGUGAUGACUCCUUGUAAUACUCCGGCCACCCCACCAAACUUCCCAGACACCCUGCUGGCGUUUUCAAAGCUAUCGGCAGGUUCUCCUUCACCAAACCCCAACUCGAUGCAAAAUGCGUCUACACUACAAUCGACACAUCAGCCACAAACAGCCACCCAGUCUCAACGAUAAUGGAGCGCAAAAACAAACACGGUAAUUUAGAAUCAUGAUUUUAGUGGUUAUCUUUUGUCUCUUAUCAUGCAGCGGACAGUGACGUUAAUACGUGUAUAAUAAAGCGAGGACAGAAUAUGGACCAGUUUUUAGUGAAUUUUAGUGUUUAGUUGUCCUUUAAGUGAUGUGAAGUUAGGUUUGUUACAUAUAAAGGUUUCUUCUUUGUUGGAUAUUAUAUUAAAAAAAAAAGAUUAUUUAAAAAAAACGCCCGAAUGAGUGGGAAACUAUUUUUUUGAAAUUAGUUUUGAUGUUGUGGCAUGUAUAUUUGUCUUAUUAGGUGACAAUGCGCUACUUAAUGUUUUAGUUUCGUGACAAAUUACAUGCAGACCUCUAAGCAAAUUAGUUGGAUCACACAAAAAUGUACAUGUUGAUUAUUUCUGUAAUUUGAACGAUAAUAAAUCAUAUUUGAACCAUU